AUGUCUGAUCCCGAGGCUGACACAAGAAUCGAUAUUUAUUUAGUGCUCCCUCCCUCUGAUGCACCAGGUGGUCAUCGGCUGGGCGUCAAUGGCUUAGCGAUCGAUCCAGAGAAUUCCACUCUCUACUCGGCUGGUCGCGAUGGAGUAAUUUGUUCGUGGGACCUCGACCUGCCUUCUCUUUACUCAUCCUCGUCCACUGCGAAAACCGGUUCUACGAAGUUCCGGAACCAGGUCCAGGCGCACACCCAUUGGAUCAACGACAUCGUCUUGACACAGAACAAUUCUGCUCUCGUUACGGCUUCGUCGGAUACUACGGUCAGAUUAUGGCGGCCGCACUCGGAGUCCACUGACGUCCCAGAACCGAUUGGAAAACAUACCGACUAUGUCAAGACUCUUGCGAGUCCGGGUUCCCAUUCGACAUGGGUUGCCUCUGGCGGCUUGGACCACAAGGUGAAUCUGUGGGAUCUCAAUGGACACGGCCGGAUCCUCAGCAUAGACGCAUCAGGUUCGGAACAGAGUGCCAAGGGCUCGGUCUACGCUUUGGGUGCUGUGUCCUCCGUCAUCGCCAGUGGAGGGCCGGAGAAGCUGGUGAGAUUGUGGGAUCCGAAGUCCGGGAAACCGAUUACCAAGUUUGUUGGACAUACGGAUAACAUCAGGGACAUCCUAAUCAAUGGUGACGGUGAUACGAUCAUGACGGCUUCUUCCGAUCAGACCGUCAAGAUCUGGUCUCUGACGGCGGGCAGAUGCAUGCAUACCCUGACCAUGCACAACGACAGUGUGUGGUCGCUGUACUCUAACCGUCCGGAUCUCUCAGUCUUCUACUCCAGCGAUCGGUCCGGCCUGGUUGCCAAGACCGACACAAGGAAUGCUGAUAUUGAGCAGGGGAUUUGUGUGGCUGCGUUGCAGGAGCACGAGGGCGUGGUUAAAGUUGUGGCAGCUGGUGAUCAUAUCUGGACUGCGACGCCAAAAUCAAGCAUUAACCGCUGGAGCGAUGUCGAUACGACCGCCGAAAUCGAGGCGCCUAAAGAGCGUGGUGGUCUUUCAGACACUGAUAAAACACAACCAGAUGACAAGUCGUCCCCGAAACAAAAGCCAACUACGAUUCCCUAUGAGUCGCUUUUGCUUCUCUCAAACACAUCUACACUGCCUACAUCACGGAUACCACAGGGCGAUUCCGCCGUGAAUGGGCAACCGCCCUCGCCUCGGCCGGACAUGGACGAUGAACUGGGGCUCACAGUUCCCGCUUAUUCGUUGCCUGAGGAGACGGUGGAGGGCCAGCAUGGAUUGAUCAAGUACUGUCUCUUGAACGACCGGAAACGUACAUUGACGCAAGACUCCGCGGGCGAAGUUGUUUUAUGGGACUUACUUAAGUGUGUGCCCAUCAAGUCGUUCGGCAAACGCCAUAUGGAUGAUGUGGAAUUAGAGGUCAAUACGAACGAGAGCAUUGCGCACUGGUGCACGAUUGAUAUUCGCACCGGGAGAUUGUCUGUCAUACUCGAGCCAGGCCGAUGCUUCGACGCAGAGAUAUACGCGGAUGAGGCUGACCUAACAGACUACUCACAAAUUCGUGAAGACCAACGAUUAAACCUGGGGAAAUGGGUCCUACGGUGGCUCUUUGCUCCAUUAGUGCAUGAACAAGUCAAGCGUGACGUUGAAUACCGUGCACAAGCCAAAGCUAGGGCAGAGGAAAUGGCAUCCCAUAGCGUCUCCGCACCCGUGGAUAUCCCUGGGAAGCUGACCUUGCCGAUACCGUUGGAUCCAUCUUCCCCCUCUGGACGUGAUUCUCUUGCCAGCCCGCUAAUCCCUGGCCAUGGCAUAAACUUGGCCACAACCCCCGGUUCAUUGACGUCGUCAGUCCUCAAUCAUGGGCACAGUUUCAUUAACAUGGGAACGUCUCCUGGGGAGUCUUACGAUCACUUGACAUCGCAUCAGAGCGCCGAUCUGGCCCGGAGCUCAAUGUCGGAUAGGUCCAGCGAUUACUUCUCGUCUCCUAAGUCACAUGCACCUAUCGAUACGGACAAGCCUUUACCAACACCAGGCGAGCAGACGCCAACACCUACACAAGCUGGGGAGCCCGACAAAGAGGAGCGCAAAAAGGGUAGUUCACUCUUUGGCAAAAAGUUCCGGAUGGACUUCCCCAAGAAGCUGGGGCGCACUUCAUCCGAAGUUAAGCCUCAGAUUCAGGAGGAAAAGCCGGAGGAACCUGAGAAGACGUCUGUGAAAGAAGAGAAAGUCUUUGAGAACAAUCUCAGCGGCUUGAUUGAUCGAGCGCGUCAUGAGUAUGAGGAGUAUCUCUCUGCUAAUCCGGGCCAGGAGCUAGUGUCGGCCUUUGCACCCAGUGACGAGAGCGAAACACCUGAGCUGCAGAUACCACCUCGGACAGUGGUGUUCAUUCAGGAAGAGUCGGGAGACUCUGUCGUGGCUUCAGAUAUCUACAGGGGGACUUUUGAGAAUAUUGGCCAGGAUCGGGAGAAGCUUGAGAAGGCGAUACCGCUCUGGCUAGGCGAUCUGCUGCUGAAGAACCAAAUGCCUUUUAAGGAAGCCGUCAAAAUCGCAUUUACGCUGAAGCCUUAUGACGACUUGCUACCCCCUGUCGUCAAACCAGAGACCCCUAGCAUCAACGGCACGCCCAACAAUUCUCGUUUGAACGCCAACAGGAUGCUUCGAGCCAAGAAGAUCCUGGCCUAUGUAUCAGAACGUAUAGAAGAACCAACGAAUGACCCCGUGCAGGACGCGCUGAAACCAGAGGAGUACCUUGAACUGUACUGCCAGAACAGACUCAUACCACCUAACAUGACCCUUGCCACCAUCAAGGUGACUCACUGGCGCAAUGCUACCGACAUGGUCCUCCAUUACAAGGCCAACGAUAAAAAGACGCUCCGACUGAUAGGGUCUGCCAAUGAUAACAACGGCCAGGGUGAAGCACCAUCCAACCAGCAACUCCUAUCCGAAUCAGGCGGUGUCCCUAAUGGUGAGGAUGCGAGCGCUUCGCAUGGCAGCACAGCCUCGGGUUCGGCGUCUGUGCAUAAUACUUGA